GGGCAGUUAGUGGCGACAGCGUAGCGAGUUGACUUUCAACAGCUGACAGGGUUCUGGUAGUGGUCUGACGCACCUGAAUGGCUUGAAACUUACGUUGUACUUUAUUAAUUCAACAGAAAACAUGAAUUUUGUCAAGUCUCGCCUUUUCGUGAGGAACCUCAUGGGUCAGAGGAGCAGACAGGUGUCUGAAACAUGGAGCCAGAGGGGGAUGUGCAAUAAAACACAGGAGACUCCACCCAGAGUCCCAGCACAUGCGCCCCGUGCCAGUUUCAGGGUCCCAGGCUACAAACCCUCUGACUUCGACAGGAAGAUUCUGGUCUGGUCGGGACGCUUUAAGUCAGCUGACCAGAUACCAGAACUUGUGUCGUUUGAGAUGAUUGACGGUGCCAGGAACAAAGUCAGAGUGAAAGUCUGCUACAUCAUGAUGGGUGCCACAAUAGGAGCCUGCCUGCUGAUGGUUUUCCUCGGCAAACGGGCUGCUAGCAGACACGAGUCCCUAACAGGACAAAACAUGGAGAAAAAGGCAAGAUGGAGGGAGGAGGUGCAGAGAGAAAAGGAGGCUGCCCUGGCUCUGUCUCAGAAGGCUCAGUGAUGGAGGAAAACUACUCUUGUGUCACUCUCCCUCAAUUAGGGAUAACCGUGUACCAGUUCUUGCUGUAUUUAUCCCAACUGUAGAGCUCUUUACUCCCAUCCUGGAGAGCAACUGUUAGAUAUCAGAGCAGAUGAUACUUUAAGUAUGUCAACCUGGAGACAGACCUCAGUGCACACAAGCCUGGAUUUUUAGAAUCCCCUUGAAAUCCCAAUGUAAGGUAUCUUUUACAUUGGGAUUUCAAUGUAAGGUUUUAUCUUUUAAGGGAAUGUAUAGUGGUUAAAAAGAGCCAGGCAUUUGUGAGGGAAGAGAAACGUUCUAACAUCAUUAUGUCAACCAUUGAUGGCGAACACUCACAUGUAAUCUAACCCAAUGCUAAGAUGGAGCCAUUGGGAUGAUUAAAACUUUUCCAAGGACAGUUUCCAAAACUUUUGACAAAAUUGACUGAAAAUUUCACCAAACCUCUCAGAAUUUCUUGGUUGAUUUCUAAAGUUUUGGCUGCAAUUCAGACAAAUUCAGCUCCAAUCUGUUAUUAAUAAUUCUGUGUCUACUUAACAUUCAGAAUAUGCCUGUUCUGCUGCCUCAGGUAGUGCUCAUUUUUAAAAUUCCCUUAGAGGUACUUCAGCCCUGCAGUGUUUUAAAUGAUCUCCAACUCUCUAGAGAAAACCUGAAGAAGCAAAUCAGCUAGGAUCCAUCCACACACUGUUAUGUCAGGACAGUCCUGUGUGUCAAACUGCUUUGUUCACGAAGGAUGUGAACUCCAUUUUGUAUAUAGCGAACACCAAUAAAGAAAAGCUGAAUAAAGUAAUGCUUCAGAAUUUG